UGUUUGUCAUUCAUGCAUGGUUGGCCUGGUUGUUGUAAUUCUUAGAUUUUUUUGGUAAAACCCAAUGUUUUAAACAAAUUCCGAAAUUUUUGAGUUAAAGGAGACAGUAAAUUAAAACAUUAGCAUUUGCGAUGUAAAUUCAGGAACUUGAAAGAGGACUAAAAGGACAUAUUCGGUGUUGUGAGUGACAUAAUAAUCUACCUUGAGAAUUGCGUAUCAUGUAACUUUGUGGUUUGUUUUGUGGGAUCCAGCAUCUAUUUUCGAACUCAUCAUCUUAUUACAAUGACCCGAUGAUUGGCGCGUCACGAUGAGCUGGCUUCGGAAUACGUCGCUCUCCUUCGCACGGCAGCUGUCUCGCUCGCUCGACCCGCGGCACGAUUACGAGCCGCAGGCGUGCUACAACUCCUUCUGCAAGCAUUGGCAACAGGCUCACGAUAUUAUUGUCAAGUCCCAGCCUCAACACCUGCAUGACGAUGUGCUCGGCGUGGUCAAUCACCUCGAACAGCUGGCAACGCUGCUGGUAUUAGAAGCUAGAGCUGGAGAGAUCAGCGCGGGUCGUGGCCGGGCCGCGUGUUUGGAACACCUGCUGAGCGAAAACCUGCUGGAUAAGCUGUACGAGUGGGCGAUAUGCACUGGGAAAUACGAAAAUGCAGUUAGAUUGGAGCAACUUAAGUUAUUCGGAAUACUCGUCAGCCAUUACAGUACUCAGGUGAUAGCAGCAGAACCUUUCCUCAGGCCAUUGCUAAAGUUGCUCAGCGGCUUCCGAAAUGAGUUACCACCACCCAACUUGGAAAACCAACUAGUGACCGUCCUAAACCAGUUAUGUGUGGCGUUGAUGCAGAAUAUGAAGUUCUUAGAUCUGUUCUUUUUAACGACGCACACGCAAAACGGAUCGCAAGCUGAGUUCAUAAUAGUCCGGCUGCUGCUUACUUCGGUACAUCGAGAGGGCGCCACUGGGUCGGCGGCGCGUGACGCGCUACUGCUAUGCGCGAAUAUGUCAUCUCGAUGCACGCAACUAGCUGACUACAUGCUGGCUGGAAACACUUGUCCUGUUUUGGCUACUGGUCUAAGCGGUCUCUACUCCCUCCUACCGCGAACACUAGGCGAGAAAGUCCAUCGUUUGACGCCAGAUGACGUCAACAAAGUCAACAAGCUCACUCUCUUCAUAGACUCGCUUGAGUUUUGCAAUGCUGUCGCGCAGGUUGCCCAUCCGUCCAUUAAGAAGCACCUGCUAGACUUGCUAUACCAAGGAUUCCUAGUUCCCGUCCUAGGGCCGGCUCUCCUACAGACGAAACGGGGGCCAUUGCAGAGUGGCGCCACCGAGCAGGCGGCCGCUAUGGCGUAUCUUGAACUGGUGCUGCGCUGUGUGACGCAAAGAGGAUUGCUAAGGGCAGUUCUGCACUUCCUAUUCACGUAUGAGUAUGACGGUGUACGAGUCGCCGAUGUUUUGCUGAGGAGACUGGAGGGGAAUUCGCAGCUGGCUCUAGUAUCCCUGUCUUUAAUGGAGACCCUCAUCGACCUGAACUGCGAGGAUGUCAUGAUAGACCUCGUCUACAAACACCUCAUCAACGGCCAUCAUCUCAUGGUGGCCCAUAGACACAAGAUCUCCGACCCGCAGCCUUACAGAGACGCGGCUAUGGCCUUCCUGAGUUUAACACCAAGGUGCUGCAGUAGACCCUUGGAGAAGACCAGGGAAUGGGUCGAUGAGAUGGCACUGAGUGGAAGAAGAGUGUUGGAUUUCAAGCAGGAGGAAGAAAGGAGAAUCAAUGGCGUGAAUGAGGGUAUAGCGAUGAAAAGUCUAGUCCAGGAAGUUAGAUUUAAUUAUGGGAACCCAAACGAAACACUCUUCGCGAACUACCACGCUUACUUAUGCGACGCUAGAUUCGAACUCGUUUCACGCACAAUAGCUUGCACCAAUUGGUCGUCCAAAUACGACAGCGUGACGUCACCGAAGCGCGAAACGAAUAACAACACGAAAGAAACGAGAGAGGUAGACGUCCACGCUUUGAAAGAGCAGGACAGCCUGAUUUCGUGCACAAGCGGUUACGAUACCUUAAAAACAAGUGACACGAGUGACAAAGAACCGCACAGUUUGACGUCUCUGUUAGAACAGGAGACAGAGAAAGCCAAUCAGUUGGAGAAGGAAGGAGAUAGUUUGUCUGUUGGGGAGAGCAGUGAUUAUGAAAGCUUUCGGUAUAAAGAUGAUAAUGAGGACGAGGGUUUCGCUGAGGAGUCGUUCAGAAAGUACUUUGAUAAAGAGAAUGCGGUGGAGUUUAAUGGUGAAGUGCCUUUAGUCAGGAGUUGGAAAGCUAGCUCUGAAUCUAUUAUAGGUCCGCUCCUUAGCAGUAUGUUAAGAAAAGUGGCUUCCAUGCUGGAGUCAGAAAUAACUGUGAACAGCCGAGUGACGAGUGUCGUGUCAAAGCUAGCUUCGCUACCGACGCCUCUUCUGACGUCACUGCUGCUGUGUCCCAGUUACAUGCUACCACCGAAUGUGCCUUCGCUGUACCAGAUACUUAGCAAACUAAGGGACGAAGUGGACGAGCUUACCACCGGCCUGGACAAUACUAUGGAGCUGGUGGACAAGGCGAGGGUCUUCCUCAUCCAGCGCGAGAUGGCGUUAGUGAACUCGCGGGGGCCGACGAACGAAGAUAGUCAAGCCCGUAAUGAUUCACCGACGCAAAAGAUUGAGGAGGUGUCGCCUUUCCGAAGAGUCGAGACGAAAAGGCGGAGCCUGUCUUCGAGCUUCUCUAGUAUGUUUGGAAGAAAAACACCCUCAUCGCCGUCACAGCAAAACUCUUUAAACGUACAACCUGCCACCUUCCACGCGAGUCCACAGCGCCGGUUCAUCUUCACCCAAGAGGCAUACUGGAGCCAAACCAUCACCCUUCGCUCGAUUCUAAACGCCGUCCUAAUAGACGAGUGGCUUAAGGAACUCGCUGCCAUGUGCGAAGAACACGCCCUAAGGCUAUCAGCUGACAAUUACGAGGAUGACACAUAUAUUCGCUCUGUGGCAUUAUGACUGACGGCCAAUGCCGCGGGCGGCUUCAGAAAAAACAAAAAGCCCGCGCGUGCAUCGGAACGUUCCAACGACACGUCUUUGUAGUGCGUUUCGUUUCACGCAAUCUAGUUUCAAAUUCUAACGUGAUAUAUGGCAUUUUGACUUUGAAAACGUAACGUGUAGAUUUUUUAGUGUUUUUAAAUGUUUGUCGUCAAUUAACGAACCCGUGAUAUAAUUUAUAAAUUAAGGCUGUAUAAUUUAUACUGCUCAAAUGAAUAGUAGAAAAUAUGGACAAAAGUACAUUUUCAGCAUUUUAAUGUUUUUUUUAGUAAAUUAAAUUUCGAAACGCAUUAUAAAAAUGUUUCAAUUGAAUUUUAAAUGAAAGUAAGUUGUCUACUGAAUGUACACUAAUUUUAUUAAAGUAAAUGAAACGAUUGAACAAGUUUCAUGAUACAAAGCUAUUAAAUAUUUCUAUUCUUAUGCGCAUGCCUUUUAGAACUUAGUCUUAAGUUAAUUUUAAAAUUCGCCUGUAACGUUUUUCUAAGGGUCAUCUCCCACGACACAUUUUUGACAAUCAAAAAACCAGUAACGCCUAUUUAACACUACUUCUGUUCAAUGUAGCAAUUUCUCAUGACAAAAGCAUGAAAAUUGAACAAAAUUACAGGAAUCGUAGUAUAGCGAUCUUAAGGUAUUUUACAACGAAGUGAAAGAUUAACUUAAGACUCGUGGGCGAUCGCCUUUAGUAAAACCGUUACACUUUUUGAAGUACAUUUCCCCCUUAAACUUUCGGUUUGAAUUAUUUGAAAAUUCUACUUAACGUAGCGUAGCGAUUCAUUAGUUUUUUCGAAAUCGGUAGCCAUCGAAAAAUUACUGAUUUAAAAUUUAUUUUCCAAGUAAAGGGGUGAGUAGAUAAUUACUUUUCUUAAGGUUUGUUGGCGGAUGAAUUUGUUUGGUAAUAAUAAGCACAAAAAAUACAAAAAUACGUACUUAGAUAUUUCGCUACUAUGCACAAAAUAUUCAUACAAACAAACAAAAAAAAUCACUUGAAUUGGAACCUCCUACUUUUUUGAAGUCGUUAAAAACAAAUAUGAUAUCUUCAAAAUUAAACUACCAAGCAAGUUCGAGCGCCAAUGUUAACAUCACAUUACUUAAUCCUAAGUACCUUACUUUAGUUUCUAAUUAAUUUUAAAAUCUUAGUCGCAACGAUUUUGAUUAACUUUUGCCAUCAACGUAAUUUUGAACUGUGAUUUUGUGAUGUUCAAAAAUUUUAUCGGAUAACAUUAUUUAUUGUACAUAAUUUUUACAUUUUAACAGUAUUUUUUGUGAUGCGUUUGACCAGUUUGUGUGUUUAACAGUACAUUUUGUGUACAUUAAAUAAUUAUAAUUGUAUUUCAUAUAAUUUUUAAUGUUUGCAGUUUAGUUUACCUUAAAGAUUUUAUUUAAUUUCACGCACCUUACUAAUAAAAUAUUGAAUUUUUAUCCCUUUAGAGAUACUAUUAUGAAACUCCUCAAUUUGUGCAAUUUAUUGAACUUUUUAAAUAUUUCUUCUCUACUCUUAUUCUUACAGCUCAUUUUUACGAAUUUUAUUAGUAAGGUUAGAUUAUAUUUUAGAGAAUAUAGUUUUAUUGCGAUUGUUUUAUUCUAUUUUGACCUUUGUAUGUGUUUUGAUCUUUUGACAUGUUUAUUUUACGUAUGAAUGUUUGUUAUUUUCGUAAAACGAUUAUUUUUGGAAUUUGCGUAUGCUAAGAAAUUUAUUUCACACAAUUUGUAAUUUUCGCGCAAAAUCAUGAUAGUGUAAAAUGUCCUAUAAGCUUGGUACGUCCUUUUGCCGUCCAACGGAUGAGAAAGAUAUUUUUAAAUUGUUAAGAGCAUUAUGGUAAGGGUCUACAGUAGGGAUAGUUGAGAUGCCAAGUAAUAGUUCAACUUAUAGUGUGAACAGGAUUUGCUAUGGUAGUAAACUUGGUCGUUAUGGCUUCAGUCCAAUUUUAUUUCGUUCUAAUAAAUAUUCAUAUGGAAUCCAAUCUACUUUCAUGUGCCUGUUCACACUUGAGCCAGUUUUCAGGAAUAUUUAAGAUUCAUGAUUGUGUUACACUAUAAAUAUUGGCUGCAAUAUCAAGUCAUAAGUACUACUGUAGCGAAAAUAAUUUGUCCCACAGAUUCGACUUCAUGGUUUGCAACAAUUUAGCUCUUAUUUUUCUAUAGAGCCUUGUAAAAUUAGAGCUCUCGUUUUUGUAAACCGUGUUGGUUGAAUUAUAAUUACUACUUCAAUCAAGAGUCGAAACACUAGUUGGGGCGGGUGGAUUGACCAUGUAGGGUUGUUGAAUGUGUACUUUUAUGCACUAUUGUGAUGUCAUAGAAUUUGGUAU